ACGAUGUCCAUGGGUCAUCUGCGGCUAAUCUCAUUGCACAGGCCCAGUACGGAGUACUUUGACUGCUCCCCGAUGCAGCCUUCUGAAAGGAACCGUUAGCAACAAAGGAGCAUUUAUCAUCUCCAACACGUUUUGAAUUGAACCACGAUCCAACAACCAGCCAGGAAUACUAGAAUUCCUCUGCUAAAGAGUACCUUGGGUCUGGAUUUCUUGCCUUGCGUUUUCUUUCGAGCAACCAAAACAAAAAUCGCCAUGUCCGCUGCCGAUUCGCCUGCGGGUUCGCCCGGUGAGGCUACCCAGCAUCGCGAAGACGAAAGCCCGGAUAAUAUUCAGGAGGGCGGCGCCGGCGGUGAUGCUGGUUCCGACAAAGACUCCGACCUCCUUUCAGAAAUCGACGAAGAGCAGUUCGAGGACUAUGAUCCAACCCUCGAAGAGAAACCCGUGGAAAUCGACGAGAAUGUCGUGAAAACCUUGAAAGCAGCCAAGAGAAAGCGGACAGAUGGCGAGACGACAAAGAAGCCAAAGGAGGGCCGCAGACCGAAGAAGCGAGCGAGGGCGAAUGACGACGAUGUUGGUGACGUCGGGGAUCUAGAGGGUCGACCACGGAAAACACGUGCUACGGAUAGCGAGCGCGUUGCGAGGAAGGCGGCCGAAGAGGAAGAGGAACAGGUAGUUGAGGAGAAUUUGACACCGGAAGAGCGGCGCCGUCGGGCAAUCCAACGAGCCAUGGACAAUGCCCUAAAGAAUCCUACUAAGCGAAGGCGCAAGAAGGACGAGAUUGACCUCGAGGAAGCACUCGAUGACCAAAUCGCGAAUCUCAAGGUGGCAAUUGAGAAGGCCUGUGUGGCAGAUAACGAAGCCCGCGACAAGCAUAUGGCUGCGACACACAAGCUCAAGCUCCUUCCCCAAGUCACAGCGCUCCUCAACCGGACCUCCGUCCAAGAUGCUGUUCUCGACCCUGAGACAAACUUCCUUCAGUCCGUCAAAUACCUGCUUGAGCCCCUUAAUGACGGGAGCCUCCCAGCGUACAACAUCCAGCGCGACAUUUUCAAUGCGCUCGCAAAACUGCCAAUCAACAAAGACGUACUCCUCAGCAGUGGGAUAGGCAAAGUCGUCUUCUUCUAUACCAAAAGCAAGCGACCUGAGGCCAGCAUCAAGCGCAUCGCCGAGCGCCUUGUGGGAGAGUGGAGCCGGCCAAUCCUCAAGCGGACGGACGACUACAAGAAGCGCCAAAUUGAAACGCGUGAUUUUGACUUUGUCGCCGCAAAGAUGGCUCAGCGUCAGGAAGCGGCGGUAAGCGGCUCGCAGAUCACGCUUACCCAACGGCCCGCCGGCAAGACUCGCUUCGAGCUUGAGCGAGAGCGCCUGCUUGCCCCCGAGACCAAGAAGAACCGCGCUCAGCCGGCCGGUCUCCCAGCGAGCUACACGAUUGCCCCGCGGAGCACUUUCGAUGCCUCCCGCCGCGCUGAUCACCGGCCCAUUGGAACCGGUGGCAUGGAAGCCUUCCGGAGGAUGACGCAGAAGGGUAAGGCAGGGAAGCGCUAAAUGGGUUUUCAGAUGGACUGGCCUUCGCCUAUUCCAGGUAGCUGAGCUACCUUAGCGCAAGGUCGUCCUAACGAAAGUAUCUUACUUCAAUUCCCUUGGUUGGGACGAACGGGCAUGCGGAGGGUAAUGGGAUUUGACGACUGUCGCGUGAUUUGGGACGCUGCGUGACUUGGUUCUUUUGGGCAUUCACCAUAGGCUGAGUAGCACGAUCGGGAAAACAGAGUGGCAGAUACAGGGCCAAUUUGACCAAGCUCUGGUAGUGAUGAUUUGCUCCUGAGUGGUGCGAGAGAUUGCCCUUACGCAUAGCUUAGCAUGAGGUCUGGAUCGUCUGAUUCCUUUCCGGGACAGCGCAGGGAAGGUGUCCCACGGUGGUAGUGUCCAGGGGCAGGAGUUGACUUAUAAACAUGCAAGACACUUUUAAUUACCCGCUCUUCCUCUAAACAAGUCUCCAGCGCUGC